CACAGUGACAGUUUCCCUGUUAUUGCAUGCAUGACAUGGGACUUCCUUGCUAUUCUGGCAACUUCUGUUUCAGUCAAGCAAUUGGUCUUUAAGUCACACCACCUUUGUCGGAACUCGCAUUUGUCAUUUAAAGCCAUGACUAUCAUGGAAGUCAUGUGCGUGAAGAAGUGGCUUGAGGAUCUGGACUUGUUCUUUGAGGUGAUCUCAAAACCCCAGUAA